AAAAAUAAUAAUGAAAAUGGUGUGAAGCAGAAAACAGGAGAGCCAAAAUGAAAAUGUAUGGUAGGAAACUCCGCAACGUAGAUGAAGGAAGGAAGGAAGCAAGCAGGAGGCGUAGCAUACCAAGUUCACCACAAUACCAAACCCCUUCCAUUUAUUUUCUUCCUUGUUUUCUAUUCCAUUUUUAAUUUAUAAAUCAAUUUCUCAACAACUCACCAUGCUUCUUCGUUUCCCUUGCCUCCCUGCUUCCAGAAAUUCUUGUGCAAUCCUAGGCAGGGUUAUGCCAGGUUGGUUAUCACUGAGUAGAGGAAGAAAAGUCGUGUACUUCCAGGGUUCUGUAAGGUUUGUGCAAACUUCAUGUAGACUAUAUGUUCCUGGAAUGCCAUCACGAAAUGUAGAAGUAGAAAAGAUACCUUCAAAUUUUUUAAGGGAUAAGAAGGUAGUUCCUGAUGCAGAUCCCCCUAGCGUUGAAGAUGUCAACAGAUUGUAUCAAUUUUUUGAUCAAAGUACCAAGCUUGUGGUAUUGACUGGAGCUGGAAUUAGCACAGAGUGUGGAAUUCCUGAUUAUAGAAGCCCAAAUGGAGCUUACAGUACUGGGUUUAAACCAAUUACUCAUCAGCAAUUUGUCCGUUCAAUUAAGGCUCGCAGACGGUAUUGGGCAAGGAGCUAUGCUGGAUGGAGACGAUUUACUGCUGCACAGCCUGGUCCUGGUCAUAUGGCUUUAGCUUCUCUUGAGAAAGCUGGCCGGAUAGAUUUUAUGAUUACACAAAAUGUUGACAGACUGCAUCAUCGUGCUGGAAGCAAUCCACUUGAAUUACAUGGGACUGUCUAUAAUGUUUCUUGUUUAGAUUGUGGUUUUUCAGUUGGCCGGAAUGAGUUUCAAGACCAUGUGAAGGCCAUUAAUCCAAAGUGGGCAGCAGCUAUUGAAAGUUUGGACCAUGGUAGCCCUGGUUCAGACAAGAGCUUCGGCAUGCAGCAAAGGCCUGAUGGUGAUAUUGAGAUUGAUGAGAAGUUUUGGGAGGAAGAAUUUUACAUUCCCACUUGCCAAAAAUGCAAUGGAGUGGUCAAACCUGAUGUCGUCUUCUUUGGUGACAAUGUCCCCAAGGAUAGAGCUGAUAGGGCGAUGAAGGCUGCCAAAGAAUGUGACGCAUUCCUUGUACUAGGAUCAUCUUUGAUGACCAUGUCUGCUUACCGCCUUAUCAGAGCUGCUCAUGAGGCACGUGCUAGUACUGCAAUUAUAAAUGUAGGUGAUACGAGGGCUGAUGGGUUUGUGGCCUUGAAAAUUAAUGCGAGACUAGGAGAGAUACUGCGCAGGGUACUUGAUAUUGGAUCUCUGAGUGUUCCUACUCCUUAAACAGCGAGGAUUUAUGGAAGAAAUUCCUCCUCAUUGCCUACGUACGGCCUAGCUGUGUUGUUUCUAAGAGGGAGGAAUUUCUUUCGUUCCCCUGGCCCUGGUUGUGAACAUCUACUUCACUUAAUAAAUGAUAUAUUUCCACAUCA